AUGUCAAAUAAAAGUGCAGAAAAUCAAUUGAAUACUUUUAAAUAUGAAACAAAGAAUUGCCCUGAAACAGCAACAAAUUCCAGUGGUGCACCCAUCGGAAUCAAAACAGCAAUUCUCACUGUUGGAAAGUAUGGACCGUCACUUUUAGAAGAUGCAAAUUUCAUCGACGAAAUGGCACAUUUUGAUCGUGAAAGAAUUCCAGAACGUGUUGCACAUGCAAAAGGUGCUGGUGCAUUUGGAUAUUUUGAAGUAACGCAUGACAUCACUCAAUACACUUCAGCAAAAGUUUUCGAAACUAUUGGAAAAAUCACUCCAAUUGCGAUACGUUUUUCAACUGUAGUUGGUGAGCGUGGAAGUGCUGACACUGUACGCGAUCCACGCGGUUUUGCAAUGAAAUUUUAUACUGAAGAAGGUGUUUGGGAUUUAGUUGGAAACAACACUCCAAUAUUUUUUGUUCGCGAUCCCACGCUUUUUGUAAGCUUUAUUCAUAGUCAAAAAAGAAAUCCAGUUACAAAUCUGAGAGAUUACAACAUGUUUUGGGACUUUAUUUCCCUGCGACCUGAAACAACCCAUCAAGUGAUGUUUUUGUUUAGCGAUCGAGGCAUUCCUGAUGGUUAUCGAUUUAUGCAUGGCUAUGGCAGUCAUACGUUUAAGUUUCAAAAUUUAAAUGGUGAAGCUUUUUACUGCAAGUUUCACAUGCGAACAGCACAAGGUAUUAGAAACCUUGAUGUUCAAAAAGCUGCAGAAUUAUCGGCAAUUGACCCUGACUAUAGUACUCGCGAUUUGUAUAAUGCUAUAGCCAGAGGCGAAUUUCCGACGUGGAAUAUGUUUGUUCAAGUCAUGACAUUGGAUCAAGCUGCUUCAUAUAAAUUCAAUCCAUUUGACGUCACAAAAACUUGGAGUCAAAGAGAAUUUCCACUUAUUCCUGUCGGCAAGUUCACACUUUAUCGAAAUCCCAGAAAUUAUUUUGCAGAAGUGGAACAAAUUGCAUUUGCGCCGAGUCAUCUCAUUCCCGGAAUUCUUCCAUCACCCGACAAAAUGUUACAAGGUCGAUUGUUCUCGUAUCAAGACUCCCAUCGUCAUCGUAUUGGAGCCAAUUAUCAACAACUUCCCGUCAAUUGCCCUUAUCGCACGUCGCCACGAAAUUAUCAACGAGACGGUCCCAUGUGUCUCAAUGACAAUCAAAGUGGAGCUCCAAAUUAUUAUCCAAAUUCAUUUAAUGGACCGGAACCAAGUCAACGUGCAAAAGAUUUGCAACCUCCUUAUAAAGUUGUUGAUGACGACGUUUAUCGCUACGAUAGUGGAGAUGAAGACAAUUUCUCUCAACCUUCCGUGUUUUGGAAUUUUGUGUUAGAUGACCCAGCCCGUGAACGAUUGAUCAAAAACAUCGCAAAUCAUCUGGGAAAUGCCGCUGAAUUUAUUCAAGAACGAGCAAUCGGAAAUUUUGCAAAAGUUGAUUCAGAUUUUGGGAACAAUUUAAAAAUUAUGUUGAACACAAUUAAAGGGAAUCAAUGCAAUUAAACAUUUUUCUGUUGUGACUAAAAAUAAUUUCUUAUAAUCAUGCAAUAAAAAUAUUAUUCAAGCA